UUAAGCGUCUAAGAGACCCCGUUUGUAAUCGUUUCCGGGUUUAUCUGAGAUCUAGAGCAGACAGACGAAAAUCUUCGCACAUAUUUUGGAAUACACAGAGGAGUUUGACAAGCAACUGCAUGUGCUAGGUUACCAGAGAAACCAAGAUGGCCGAUGUCUGGGUAUCUGCCCUUGUGGGUGUUCUCAAUGUGGUGGCGCUCAUGUACAACAUCAUUACAUUUGUGCCCUAUUACAUCGUCAAUCGUCCUGACAUGAAAAGGAAACAUUCCAGAAGAGUCAAAGCCAGAUCUGUAAGCGGUUUACCUGGUGGACCAUAUAGAGCAGUUGACCUUCCAAGUGGUCAGUUGGUUACUUCCUGGUUUCAAGAAUCUGAUACUGUAGAUGACCUAUUUUUACGUGCCGUCCAUUUAUAUGCUGCCAAACCUUGCUUAGGUACACGUGAACUUCUAAGUGAGGAAGAUGAAAAACAGCCCAAUGGACGAGUCUUUAAGAAGGUUCUGAUGGGCGACUACCACUGGAUUACAUACGAAGAAGCUUUCGGAAGGGCCACUAAUUUUGGGAGUGGAUUACUUGCCCUUGGACAGAAACCUCGCAAAAACACUCUGAUAUUCUCGGAGACGAGGGCGGAGUGGAUGAUUGCAGCACAAGCCUGCCUGAAGUACAACUUCCCAGUUGUGACACUCUAUGCUACGCUGGGAUUGGAUGCCAUUGUCCAUGGUGUCAACCAAUCAGAGGUGUCCUAUGUCAUCACCAGCUCCGCUCUUCUACCAAAAUUUAAAGGUAUCAUCCACAAGAUGCCGAAGCUAAGUCAUCUGAUCUACAUUGGUUGUGACAGAAUUCCUCAGAUUAGUGAUUUCCCGAGCCACGUCAAGGUGCUGUCAAUGGCGGAAGUUGAGAUGAUGGGUGCCAUGCCAGAAAACAUCCGGACACCAGUUACAAAACCUAAGCGAGAUGAUAUUGCAGUGAUUAUGUAUACAAGCGGCUCCACAGGGGUACCAAAAGGCGUUCUUAUCUCCCAUGGCAACCUGAUGUGUGGAAUGGCAGGACAGAUACAGAAGAUAGCUGGUCUCGGCCUCAACGACACGUAUGUGGGUUAUCUUCCUUUAGCUCAUGUCCUGGAGCUGGGUGCAGAGUUGUCCUGUGUAGCAUGUGGAUCCUGUAUAGGCUAUUCCUCACCACUCACACUGACAGAUCAGUCCAGUAAGAUAAAGAAAGGCAGUAAAGGAGACCUGUCAGUCCUGAAGCCAUCGUUGAUGGCCGCCGUUCCUGUUAUAAUGGACCGGUUGUACAAGGGUGUGGAGGAAAAAGUUCAAUCCAGGGGACCUGUUUUUAAAGCUGUGUUUAAGUUUGCCUAUGAUUACAAGCUCAAGAAUCUUUUAAGAGGCUAUGACACACCUAUCUUGAAUAAACUGAUAUUCCAGAAGAUCCGCGAGCUGUUGGGCGGAAACAUUCGGAUGAUGCUGAGUGGUGGGGCCCCCCUAUCUGAACAGACUCAGCGAUUCAUGAACGUCUGUUUUUGUUGCCCUGUACUCCAAGGCUACGGCCUGACAGAAACUUGUGGUGCUGGGACCAUUACAGAAGUUGGAGACUUGGGUACAGGGAAAGUUGGAGCUCCGCUGUUCUGUGGUGAAAUUAGGCUAAGGGAUUGGCCAGAAGGAAACUAUACGGACCAAGACAAGCCCUACCCCCGGGGCGAGAUAUUGUUGGGUGGGGGCAAUAUUGUACAGGGGUACUACAAGAUGGAGGAGAAGACUCUGGAGGACUUCACCGAGAUAGAGGGUAUCCGGUACUUCUUUACUGGAGAUAUCGGACAAUUCGAGGAUGAUGGAUGUCUCCGAAUCAUUGAUAGGAAAAAGGAUCUGGUAAAACUACAAGCUGGAGAAUAUGUAGCUCUGAGUCAGGUUGAGACGAGUCUCAAAAUGUCUCCACUAGUUGAACAAAUUUGUGUAGUCGGUGACAGUCGCCAUAGCUUCACUGUGACCCUGGUUGUACCGAACCAAAAGAAUCUGAAAUGUUUAGCAAAAGAAGUGAAAAUUGAAGAAGAGGACAUCGAUAAAUUAUGUCGCAAUGAAAAACUUGCAAAAGAAUUCCUGAAAAAGCUCAAUGAAUAUGGUUUAAAAGCAAAUGUUGAGAAAUACUGUUUACCACAAGGGAUCACCUUGGUCCCGGAACCUUGGAUGCCCGACUCCGGUCUUGUCACAGAUUCAUUCAAACUGAAGCGGAAAGCGAUGGAACAGCACUACAAAUCGGACAUAGCAAGGAUGUACCGGCGGUAGGAAUCUUCCAGGAGUGAUGAUGUACGACAGUGUAUCUUCACCCAGUAAUUCAACUCAUCUGCUUUUGACAGGUUUUACAUCAAAACUGACUCAAACCAUGAAAAUGUUGAAAUCCCCUGAUAAAUAUCUAUCAGAAUUUAAAUUUCAAAAUAUUUUUUUUGUUCAAAAUAUUAAACAUAGCAUGGAAUAUCUUGUGUAGCUAUGAUAUCAUGUCCGAUUUGGUUCAAGAAAAAAUUGAAAUAUACUACAUGUAUGUAGACUUUAGAACAACAGUUUACAUACAUGUAUAGUGAGGAGAGGGGCUUAUAAGGUAUUCCGAAGUGCAGAAACAGAUAUGAAAAGAAAAUAUUUUCAUUUUACUGAAAGAAUUAUCCAAAGAAAAGUUUUCCGUUCUCAAUAGCGUUUGUAAAAUGUUUUAGUCACCUUCACAUUGGAAAAAGACAAUCCCUCUAUGUAUAAUGAAAGUAGAGUGAAUUUCUCAAGAAAAUGACUGUAGAAUUUGAAUACUGAUAUCUGUUAAUAAUUCAAGUAACUAUUUGUGAAUAUUUCCCCAUGUUUGUGGAGAAAAUUUAUCUAGUUUGGGGAGAAAAUGGUUGAUUCAAGUAAACACUUUUUUAAUUUCACUAUUAUAAUGCAACAACUUCACAAAAGACCUAUUUUUAUUUUUAAGAAAUGAAAGAAGGAAGGGAGAUAACUGUGAUUUCUUCAACCUUGGUGUAUUUUAAACUCUCAUUGUUCAGAUUUUGGAUCAUUUUCCUUUUUAGGCAUUGUGGAUUCUGUGCUGUUAUGAUUUAUAGGUAUAUGUAUCAAUGCUUUAACUGUAAUUUGAUGUAUUGACAUAGGACUUGCAAAUUGUACCAAUAUGUGCUGUCAAACGCUAUUAUAGGUAGCCGUGGUCCAAGCUGAAAUCUUGUUAAUGCUUGUCAUCUUCCUAUAGGAAGGAUUCAUUAUCUAAAACGUUAUUUAAAGUAUCGAUCCUCAUGUCGGACAAGUGUCAGAUUCAAAAUGAUUUGUGUAUAGGCAAUUACCUGUAUUUAAAAACUCUGGUCUACAACCUCUCCUGAAACAAAAAUCUAUAAAAAAAAUCUUUUAAACAAUCUAUUUCAUUCAUAAAAUUUGUACACGCAUUUGUAAAUUUAAAUUUGUACAUGUAAUUGUCAAAUUUAUAUCUGUACAGGCAAUUGUUCAAUCGAAUCGAAUAUUAAUUAUUAUGAAGGACUUUGACACAUUUAAUGAUUUCAUUAAUUCAAUGAUUUUAUUAUGAUUUAGCUAGGGUUCAUAUGUUACCAUAUUGUUUUAAAGACCUUGUGAAUAACCAAAAUAAUAAGAUUCAGCAUAAUUAGAAUUUGAUUCAAGCAUCAUUCAACCAUCUUAAUUCUGAGAACAAUUUAAACUGAAAUAUAUGUCUACUUUUCACAUUACAAUGUAUAUUGUAUAUUGAGGCACGGUGGUUAAGUGGUAGGACACAGGGCUUCAUGACCGAAGGGUCGCUAGUUUGAGUCCCAGCAAGGGCGCUGUGUUGUAUCCUUGAACAAGAUACUAUAUAAUUACUCUGUUGUGUUCCAGUCGACUCUGCUGUAAAUGCGUACAUGGUAGGGCAGUGUAAGAAAUGUCAUGUGUAAGCUGUUAGUACCGGAAUGGCAGCUCCGGCUUAAUGGUCACCAGGGAGUUGAGAAAAACAUUGGCUUGUUGCUAAAGGCCUGACGACCAUGGAUAAUAAUUCGUGAAUGGCUUUGAGACGCUAUGUAGCUGUGAUAUAGUGGUAUGUCAAACUCCAAAUGAUUACUAUAUUAUCUCUAUUGCACAAGAGAAAAAUGUAUUCAUUUCAUCAACACUUUGAAGUCAUUAGGUUGUGUCUCAACCUUGAAUCUUAAAUAUUUUACAGUUUCAAAUAUGGCUGUUUAUAUAGAUAUGAUUUUGAAUUUGACAAUCGUGAAGUUUUCUGAUUCCGCAGCCUGAGCUUUGAACAAAAUCUGUUUUUAUGAUGUAUCUAGAUAAAGCGAUGUUGUUGUCAUUGUUGUCGGAAAGUUGUUCUUAAAGUUACAGUUGUACUUACUUGUAUAUCGCCUUAUCAUUUAGAAUAAUAUUAUACAUUUUGUAUGUGUGAUUUUCAUUAAUAUUGAUUAUCUACAUGUAUACUAAUUUCUAUAUAUAAUUAAUGCCAUGGCUCCGAAGUUGAUCAAAUCUGAAACGAAAAUCCUUGUAUUGUGAUUUUAAAAAUAAGAUUUAAAAAAAAAUAAAAAGAAGAUUUUUAAAAACCAAUAAAACUGUAUAAGGUUGCCGGCUGUAGAUAAAUUAUUACCCAUAUGUCAAAUUUUAAUUUUCUAAUAAUAUUGGUUAAUGGCAGUUCAGUCAACAGUUUUAAAAUGCAUUUGAAGUUUUAUGAUGCAGGAUUUUCAAAAAUGUAUGUUGCAUGAAUUAGCACAGUAUGUGUCAUUUGUCAAAUUUGAAUUCCAUGAAUUAUCCCAAUUGGAUGGAAGUUGAUAUGAAUGUAUAUCUGAAAAUCAGGGCAAGAUUCGUCCAUAUUAAUUUACCUCUAGCUUUGAUCUCCACUUUUCUGUACAAUGCUGUUGUAAAGUUUUAGCCCCCAUCAUCAGAUGGUAGGUUUUCAAAUCGCCUUCGUCUAUGCUCUGCCUGUUAAUUGAUUUUUCUUACUUUUCAAAAAACAUUUGAUGGAAUAAUCUUGAAAUUUAUGUAUAUGUUCCUUUAAUAUGACUUCUUGUUAUGCGUAUUUAAUCAAUAUUUUAUUUAAGGAUUUUGGCUGAAUUAAAAACAAACCACAAAAAUAAAUAAACAAAAAUGAAACAAAACAAAAAAAUAUGAAAUCAUGUUUCAUGAUAGUAAUAAUUAUCUCUUUAUGUGAAUUAUUAUUGUGAUGAUAUAAUUUGGGCGCCAAGGUCCCUUAUGGAUUUUCGUACUGUAUGCUUCUACCUGCCUAUAAAAUGGUGUAUAUUUAUAUAUAUGUAUAUGUAGCCACAAUAUUCAAUGUAUAUGUUAACACAGGUGUCGGUAGUAUGUAUAAUGUACCUUGUAUAAAUGUUUAUUAUGGCUAUCCAUGAUGCAUAUUGUAUAAGAUAAAUGUUGUUAUUUCAAUGCAUUUAAGUUUCAACGCAUUUGAAAAAAACAUCAGCUAUGUCAUAGAAAGGAAUUUUAAAACAGUCGUAAUUAGCAGAAUGGCUGUGGAAAAAACUGAAAUAAGAUAUAUGCUAAAAUCUGUAAAUUUACAAGCACUCAGUCUGAUCUUCCAUGCUUAUGUUGCAUUGUGAAUGUGUUCAUUGUUUCGUUAUAUAGAGUGACUUUGUAAACGUUAUUUAGGAAAUUUGAUCAACUUCAAGCCCUAAAGAACUUUAAAUAUCAUUUUAUAUGUUUGGAUCAGGAUAAAUUUAUUGGACUCAAUGUCAAAUUCAUUGAGCAAAGAUGUUUAGAUACUGAAUAUAUAUUAAAACAAAAUCUGUAUGGUUCUAGUAAUCCCACAUGGGGCAGUUGCCUGGUACUGACCGUAGGUCGGUGGUUUUUCUCUGUGAACUCUAGCUUUCCUCCACCUCCAAAACCUGGCAUGAACUUAAAUGACCCUGGUGGUUAAUAGGACAUUAAACAAACUAAACCAUACCAAACUAGUAAUAAACCUAUAAAAGACAUUUGUUUAAAAAUAUCUGAUGGGGGGUGGGGGUGGGUUUGAGUGGGGGUGGGGGUGGGGUUCUAGACAAAAGAAAAGAAAUUGGGGGGGGGCGGGGGGGGGGGGGGGGGUGUUACAUUGAGAAUGAUGAUAAGUAAUAUUUGUUGUUCCUGAUUUGGCCGACAAGAAUGUAAAAGAAAACAUUUUUUUUACGAUAUAUGGAAUACAGAAUAUAUUUCACUACCAGAUGUAGAUACUGACAAGUGUAAUAUCAAUGUGAUACAUUUAUAUAUAUAGCUUUAGGUAUAGUGUCCUUGUUUGUAUUUUGCCUGGAUAAUGACUAUCCACCUUUUCUAGUUGUUGCUUGUCCUUAUAAAGAGUUCGCUCAUCUGUUAAGUUUUCCAAAUAUUAAAUAUUUACGUUACUAGUUUAACCGAACUAUAUUUUUAUACUUGAAAGUGAAAAUAUCGAAAUAAAACCUGUUUUAGUUGUUGAUGUUGCUUGUUACAUUUCAGUCUAGUUUGAUCCGCUUUUAUUAUAGAUCUACUUUUGUAUCCAAUAUUUCUUUAUAUUUUGUCUUUAUACAAUAUUAUGUUUGAAUAUGGUUAAACUACAUGGUUCUGUAGUCUUUACUAGACUCUUCCUCUGUGUGUGACGUAGACCAAUAUAUCUCAACCAGAAGAAUACUAGUAACAAAAAAUACUUUUAUGCAAACGGUACCAUAAUUCUAACUAAAGAUACAUUUGCAGUCAAACUUUUCAAAGUACCAUUAAGUGGCCAGAUGUUUUGGAUGAGUAAGCGUCAUCUUAAAGUGCUUAACUAUUAAAAUUGUAUACCAUGAGUUGAGAUGUUUAGUCUACGUAACACAGGGGUGAUCAGUUGUAGGUACGUACAGAUAUAAUGUUUUCCUACCACAGAUAGCAAUAGAACUAUGAAGUGUGGGAGAGAUGAUUAUUUAUUACUGUGCCAUCAUGAGAUGUAGGAAUUGUGUGUCUCUGAUUCUUUGUUGGUAUGCCAAUACACCGGAGUCCAAGGGUCAUCUGUAUAGGAAAAUAAUGUGAUCUUUUAAAAAAGAACAGUGUUGGUAUGCCAAUACCCCUUAGUGCAAGGGUCAUAUGUACAGGAAAAUAAUGUGGAAUUUUAAAACAGAACAGUGUUGGUAUGCCAAUACCCCUUAGAGCAAGGGUCAUAUGUACAGGAAAAUAAUGUGGAAUUUUAAAAAAGAACAGUGUUGGUAUGCCAAUACCCCUUAGUGCAAGGGUCAUUUGUACAGGAAAAUAAUGUGGAAUUUUAAAACAGAACAGAUAUCCACAAAUUCACACAAAAAUAGUCAUGUCAUAUACCAUAAUGUUUGUCUGGAUUUCUCAAAACAAUCAAUAAUUUGCUGCAGUUGCUGACGGUUUCCUCAAAAGAGUUACUUUGUAGUAAGAUGCGGCAGCAAACAGUUAUUAGUCACACAGAUAAUCAAUCAUGAAAAAUAACAAUGUCGUAUGCUCUCAGUGUAACAGGGACAUCUUGACAUGAUUUUACCUUAAUCAUGAAAGGCAUAAACAUUUCUCUUUUUGUCCUUGAGAUGCAAAUGUCGUUUGUGAUUUGUAUUGCACAGAUAUGGCAUAAAUGGGGUAUUUCAAUCAAUAAAAAGGUCCUAAUGGCUACUAUCAAGGCAUCUGAUCAUAGUAUGAUGCAUGUUUUCUAUUAAUUUUACCUCAAACUCAGCGGUUUAACCAUCUUUUCUAAAAACUGUCUUCUCAUCAUGUUCAGAUUAACAAUUGAUCAAGGUACUUAGGUUAAAUUGCACCAUAGCUUGGAUUUAUAGCUAAAUAUCACUGGAUUUGCUAUUCAGAUGACCACUGACUUGAUUAAAAUCAAACCAAGCCAUAUUUGCGGUAUUAUUAAUUCUCAAUUAUUUGUAAGUGUCAUAUAUUUUUACGAUGAAUACUUAGCUUUGUGAUGAAGAUCCCUGUUCAUUUUAUGAUAACCUUGUUAAGUGAUGUUUUAUCCUUUGUUCUACAAACGUUUCACAGUUUUUAUACAAAUGUUCUAUUUUGUUGUUAGAGCUAAUUCUCUUCUCUGAUUUCUUUAUUUUAUGUUUCUAGUCUUUUGUCCCUGAGCACAUGAUAAUCACAUGCAUACUUCAAUGAAAAACAAAUCAAAUAAGAUAGUUGAGGAAACGAAUUCAAAUCUUUGCAGUUUCUGACUCUAGCUUACUUGUGAAACGUUUUUCUAUCUUCUACAAUAUGACUGUAAGUGUAGAUAGCAGGUUUAUUUCUGGUGUAUUUUCAGAAAAUAUUUCGAUGAUAAUCCUGUUAUAUAUACAUAUAUACUGUAUGACUAGCUAUAGCUUGUGAUGCAUAUUGCGCACAUUGUUCCGAAAUCAGGAAGUUAAACAAAACAUUGUGUGAAGAUUCAUGUUCAUUUUGUUGAGACACCAUAAACUUUAAUAAAGUUUAGUUCUGAACUAUAAUGAAAAUAUAACGGUAUUUACUGAAUACUGGGUCAUGCGUUUGUAUUUGGAUGGAUUUCUAAAUCGAACUCAUUAUACAGGUCAUUUAGUAUAUGCGUACAUUUCGAAAUUUCUGGGUCUUGAAUGGUGUGGGGAAAUGGAUGUUAUCAAAUAAUCAAGACUUCACACACAAGUAAGCCGGUAUGUAACAUAAACAGAUUGAAGUGGAAUAUUUGUUUUCCGUCAUUUUUUCUGUUUAUAGGAAAUGUUAACGUAACAUAGGUUAACUUACCACAGAGGAGAAUGUUGUGAUGUUACCAGUCAAACAAUAGUUGAACCUUGUAAAUCAUUACCCAAUCCAUUUGUUUUCCUGUGUGUCUAAUUGACUUGAAAUCAUGCACAGUUUCCAUUUCACAGAACAAGGAACUUGUGAGACUCGCAAGCUUGUUUUUGAUUCGGAGUAUUAUGUACUUUGCUUUGUGUGCGCUUAUGAAAGCACAUUUUCUCGAAGAUGAAAAUUGUUGUAUCCAAACGCUUUGCGUGUGAAGCUUAGCAAUAAAAGCAGAGUCAUGUAUUUAGCAAUAAGGUGUGUUUUUGUAAGUUGUAUAUUUACAGGACAUUCCAAGGCUUAGUACAUUGUAAUAAAUCGUUGGUGCUUUCAUUUAGCGAAAUAAAUGUAUUCUUUGAA